UAAAAUGUGGUGAUCUGAAGCUGUGGAGAGGAAGAAGAGCAGGGCCGGAAGCCGGCAGACACUGCUCUCUGUGGAAAGACUGGGGCGCCUUUCACUCCGCCCUGCUUCUUAGCAGCCAAAGGGGUGAGGGGUCAGGCCUGCGAGCUGCAGAUCAUGGCACUAGCCUUGCGACUCUGGCGCCUCCUUCCUUUGGGACAUAGCACUGCCCUGGGACCUCAGCUUCCGACGGGUGCUGCUGGAAGCUGCGAGCAGUGCGUUCUUUGGUGACUCCAUGGCGCUGAGGUGAUGGGAAACCCAGGAGCUUUCAAAAGAAGUCUUUUAUUCUCUGCCUUGUCUUAUUUGGGUUUUGAAGCUUAUCAAGUCAUUUCCCAGGCCGCUGUGGUUCAUGCUACAGCCAAAGUCUUCAGAGUUGAAGAAAUCCUUGAACAAGCAGUAUAUGAAAGUGGAGAAACAGAAAAACUUUACCAGUUGCUAUCCCAGUACAAGGAAAGUGAAGAUGCAGAGUUACUCUGGCGUUUGGCAUGGGCAUCACGUGUUAUAGCUCAACUCAGUGGAACCUCAGAAAAGGAGAAAAAGCUCUUGGUCUAUGAAGCCCUAGAGUAUGCAAAAAGGGCACUAGAAAAAAAUGAAUCAAGUUUUGCAGCUCAUAAGUGGUAUGCAAUCUGUAUUAGCAAUGUUGGAGAUUAUGAAGGAAUCAAGGCUAAAAUUGCAAAUGCCUACAUGAUCAAGGAGCAUUUUGAGAAAGCAGUUGAACUCAACCCUAAAGAUGCUACCUCAAUUCACCUUAUGGGUAUUUGGUGUUACACAUUUGCUGAAAUGCUUUGGUAUCAAAGAAGAAUUGCUAAAAUGCUGUUUGAAACUCCUCCUAGUUCCACCUAUGAGGAGGCCUUAGGCUACUUUCACAGGGCAGAGCAAGUGGAUCCAAACUUCUACAGCAAAAACUUGCUGCUUCUAGGAAAGACAUAUUUGAAGCUACACAACAAACAGCUUGCUGCUUUCUGGCUAACAAACGCCAAGGACUAUCCAGCGCACACAGAGGAGGAUAAACAGAUACAGACAGAAGCUGCUCAGUUGCUUACAGGUUUCAGUGACAAGAACUGAGAAUUUUUCAAUGAAAUAUCUAAGAAGCAGUGCCUUUUCAUCAAAUUAUAAAGAUAAUAAAUACAUUAACCAUUUAAAUAAAUAAAUAAAAUGUGGUAACCUGGAAGAAGAACUCAAUGUCACUAACAACUUGAAGUUGCCAGAGGCUGCAUCUGAAAAGGAGUAUGAACAUGAAGAAGAAAUUAAACUUCUAUCUGACAAACUGAAAGAGGCUGAGACCCGUGCCGAAUUUGCAGAGAGAACAGUUGCAAAACUGGAAAAGACAAUUGAUGAGCUGGAAGAAAAACUUGCCCAGGCCAAAGAAGAGAACGUGGGCUUACAUCAGACACUGGAUCAGACACUAAAUGAACUAAACUGUAUAGAACCAAAACAGAAGAGUUUUGUUCCAACAAAAACUCCAGAGCUCCGUGUCUUUCUCUUCUCUUGUAAGAAGUUUCUUUUGUUAUUGUCUCUUUGCUUUGCUGGAAAUGUCAAGCAAAUUAUGAAUACAUGACCAAAUAUUUUGUAUCAGAGAAGCUUUGAGCACCAGUUAAAUCUGUUCCUUCCUUUUUUCAAAUAGCA